AUGGGGUCCUCGAAAUUCACGCUGAGGUCAAUCCUCUCGAUUCUCCUGUUGUGCCUGGUUCAGAUCUCCUCCGCCCUGAGAUUCGACCUCUCCGCUAUCAGCGGGAAGAAUGAGCGAUGUAUACGCAAUUUCGUCUACAAGGACCAGCUCGUCAUGGUCACGGCUAUUGUGAGCGGUCAGCGGGGUGAUGGACAGGUGGUGAACAUGCAUAUCAAGGAUGCCCUGGGCAACGACCAUGGCCGCCCGAGGGAUAUCGCUGGUGAAACUCGCCAGACAUUCACUGCCCCGGCCGAUACUGCUUUCGAUGUUUGCUUCGAGAACCAGCUCGUUUCGCGCCAAGCUAUUGCCAACCCGUACCGGUCGAUCGAGCUCGACGUCGACAUUGGCGCCGACGCGCGUGAUUGGUCCAGCAUCCAGAGCCAGGAGAAGCUCAAGCCCAUCGAGACCGACCUCCGCCGUAUCGAGGAGAUGGUGCAGGAGAUUGUCAGCGAGAUGGAAUACCUCCGGGCGCGCGAGCAGAAGCUGCGGGAUACCAACGAGAGCACCAAUGAGCGCGUGAAGUGGUUCGCCUUUGGCACCAUGGGCAUGUUGAUUGGGCUCGGCGCCUGGCAGGUUGUCUAUCUCCGGGCUUACUUCAGAUCCAAGCAUCUUAUCUAG